AUGCCAGUAAAAGCUUUCAGUAGCUCUCUGUUACGACUUCGACCAGCAGGUUUCUCCAUUUUUCACAACACCUCCAAAAAUUACCGACAACAACGACCUGAAAUAAAGAAAUCCAUACUUGAGUUACGUGUAAAUUUCGCGAUUGACCAAUACAGGUUUUACUCGGCUGGAAGUGCGCUUUCUCGGCAAGACAUUGAAGCGAGAGUUGUGCAGAUAUUAAAAGAUUUUGAUAAAGUUGAUCCAGAAAAGGUAACGCCGGAAUCUCGUUUUGCUGAUGAUCUUGG